AUGGCUGCUCUGGGAAAUAUGGCUGCAGCUAUGCAGGCGACAGCCGAGGCACUGGGUAAUCAGAUAAAUCAGGGUAAUCAUGGGAAUAAUAAUGAUGAGCAUGGUCCUAUGACACUUGCUACAUUUCUGAAAGUUCACCCUCCAACUUUUAGAGGAACCUCAAAUCCCACUGAUGCAGAUAAUUGGAUUCAGGCUAUGAAAAAGGCGUUACAGGCACAUCAGGUUCCUGAGGGGCAAUGGGUUGAAUUUGGAACUUAUCAGUUGCAAGGUGAAGCUCAGUAUUGGUGGCAGGGGACACGACGUAUCCUGCAGCCUGAUGGUGCUGCAAUUCCUUGGGAGGUUUUUCGGACAGAGUUUUAUAAGAAAUAUUUUCCUAAUUCAGCAGAAAUGCCAAAGAACUUGAAUUAA